AUGCCUUAUCAUGUGACAGGAUAUGAGAUAAAAUGGGAGGCAUUUCAAAGGCAAAAGAUUGUGCUGUCAUUAUUCACACUCUUGACUUCACUUACCUCUCUCUACCAGCUAAAUCUUGCUCUGAUGUGUGUCACUACAUUUAGCUACUACAGUCUUAUGAAGAAGAAAUUUCACACACUUUCUACUCCUAAUUCAGGAAGGAUCGUUAAAAAGAGAAGGAGUCUAAAAAAAUACUGGAUAAAGCCUGGUAGGACGACCAUAUGGUGGGACAAUUUUGUUAAUGGCGUUGUGAUUGAUCAGGAAUGGAAAGACAACUUUAGGAUGAAUAAAGCUAAUUUUUUUAAACUUUGUGACGAGUUACGACCCUUUAUUGAGAAAAAGUCAACUAAUAUGAGACAAUGCAUUGAAACCGAAAGACAGGUGGCUUUAACUUUGUACUAUUUAUCUGAUGAAGGGUGCCUGAGAAAGACCGCAAAUGCUUUUGGUAUAGCACGAUCAAGUGCUUCUGUUGUGAUUAGACGAGUUUGUUAUAUAAUAAGCAUUCACCUAGGACCAAGGUAUAUCAAGUUACCUCUAACUGAAGAGGAAGUGAAUGAGAAAGUGACAGGCUUUUAUAUUGCUUUUGGAGUGCCACAAUGUAUUGGUGCAAUUGAUGGCACACAUAUUGACAUAAAAGCUCCCAAAAGCAAUCCUACUGACUACAUCAACAGAAAGAACCGUUACUCACUUAAUGUUCAAGCUUGUUGUGAUCACAAGUACUGUUUUUUAGAUGUAGUUGUGAAGUGGCCAGGAAGUGUACACGAUGCUCGUGUAUUCUCUAACUCCACCCUAAACAAUCUUUUAAAAACUGCACAAAUACCACCAUGUCGAAGAUCUUUAGUGGAAGACAGAGACCCAAUUCCAGUAUUUCUUAUUGGAGACCCUGCAUAUCCAUUACAAACAUACCUGAUGAAAGAGUAUGCUAAUGGGGGAUCUACUGUACAAGAGCAGUAUUAUGGAUAUAAAUUGUGCAGUGCACGAAUGGUGAUUGAAUGUGCAUUUGGUCGACUAAAGGCUCAUUUUGGUAUUCUCAAGCGACCACUAGAUAUCAAUAUCAAUGAAGUGGCACAUGUUAUUUAUGCUUGCUUUGUACUUCAUAACUAUUGUGAAUUAAAUCACGAAUCUAUUGCAGAAGAAAGGGUACAAGUAGCUAUUCAUUACGAUAAUAGAUUUCAGCCUCCUACUGUUCGAAAUAGAUCUACAACCCACUGCAAUGAAGAGGAGCCUAGAAAAAUAAGAAGAACUCUGACGAUGUAUUUUGAUCCCUAAUUUCACCCAAUUUCUCUCAUU